AAUGAAAAUGGAGGAGAGAGCAGGCGGAAGAGAUUACUUCUGAACUUUCAUUUUUCUGUUAGGAUGGCGAGCUUGACAACCGAAAUCAACCGUUUCAACAGUUGUUCUAAGAGACUACAGAUCAUCUUAGACGAUACAAAACGAUGCUUUGAUGACAUAAAUGAGUCGGGAAGGUCAGAAGCUGGUCAGCUGUUUUCAGCGGAGCUUCUUCAGGAGGAAGAACAAGAAAUACUAGCCACAGCAAGAAAACCUCCAGGCAUUGUCAUUUUUGGACAGAAUGCUUACUGCAAGUCCUGUGUGGUUAACGAGAUAUUCAGCCGAAACAUUUUCCCUAGAUUCGAAAACGGAGACAUAAAUGGAAAUAAUCGUAUGGUUCAGUUCAAAUAUGGAAGUAAUCUGUCUGUUGGUUUAUCACUUCCAGACGGUUACGAUCUUGCUGAAAAUUUAGAAGCCUAUAAAAGACCUUGGAGUACAAUACCCAUAGAAGACAUUGAGAUUUCAGAGAACCCCAGUUUAGAUGGGGCUAACGGAACAGCUGUGUUGGAAGUGUCGAUCAAUCACUCGAUGCUCCGACACGGAGCAAAGGUCAUUGUGUCACCCUCAAUGAAUGACUCCGGGAGUGACCUGGAACAGAAGUACAGUAAAUGCUGUGAGAAAGUCUCGCCCAUUCUCCUGUUUGCAUUCCAGACACAGGAACUUACAGAAAACGAUUUAAGUUUUCUGAAGAAAUUACAGACAAUAAGUCAUUACCAGCCUGUGUGUUUCGUUGGGGUAAGUACAGAAAAGUCAGAUUCUAGUGAUGGAAGCAGGACUACAGAAAAAAAUCUCAAUGCCAGUAAACAAAAACUGGAAGCAGGUUGCAAUGGUUCUAUAGAGGACCUUGAUGACCAUGAAAACCAGAACCAUUUGACUAAUAUUGACGAACCGAAUUACUGUGUAUCUCCAAUGUCGUCGCCGCUGUCAAGUGUAUGCUCCAAAGGGACGUGUAAGGGACGUGUGAUAUUGACAUCUUCUUUAGUAUUUCAUCAACUCUGUGAUAUUGGCUAUCUGAGCGAAAGUCCAGGUAGUAGAAACCUCACCAACACAAUGGCCACUGACUACUACGAGGUCGAUAGUGAACUUAUCGAUAAUUUCGCAUCGUUUCCCUCCAGGAUUGUGUACUUCGUCCAGCAAACAAUUCAGCGGUACCUCGUGAAUGCGGCUACUGUCCUGAACAACUGUCACGAACGAUCUCUAAAUAUGUUUAUCGUUUCUGCAUUUGACAUGGCACGAGACAUGAUGAUCACUCCGAAAAAAUUAGAAUUUGCACGAGGGAAGGAGACAGAGUUGUAUAAAUCUCUGAUGAAGAUCUCUGUAGAGAAGGGUGACGAGAUUAAAUUGAUGAUAUCGGAGACUAUUCAGAGUAUUCACCAGAGUUUAGUCGACAAAGCAGCACAGUACGAGUUUCUAGGUGUAGACUUUGACGAGCAGAGUGUGAUAUUGACCACCAAGGGCCUGAAGAUAUGUACGUACCAGAUACAGGAACUAGUACUGGGCGCGCUCAACCAGGCCAUCGCCGGCAACCUGGUCCGAUCAGUGGAUGUCCUACGGGAUACAUACACAGGAACUUUGAGUCGGUGUUUGGAGAGUCUAGAAAGAUUUGAUGUAGAUCACGGCCAGAGUGCAAAUAGCAAGUCCACCAGUGAGGCACUCAAACAGAUCCUGAAUGCAGCCUACCAGGUAGAGAUCAGCCUCCAGUCCAGCUCUUCAUUCAUCAGAAACAUACUGGAGCGCAUGAAACAGUUGGUAAAGGCCAUGCCAUGGAGUACACCACCCCGAAUAGACGAGGAGUGGAAGAAGAAAGCUGCUGCAGACAUUCUAGCCAACCUCAGUGAAGCAAGAUUAGCUAAAAGCAUUUCAUCACAGAUCAAAGAGAGGCUAAACAAAUCCCACGAUGCCUUUGCGAUUGCACUUCGGCAGUUGGAGCAGAAACACUCAGGAAGGUUAGACAAGAUUGAGGAUGAGAGGCUGAAACUGCGAAAGGUUCAUGCCCCUCGUGUUGCCAAGGUUGCACUGGAGAGCACCUCGCUCAAGGAUGUCAUUCUCCAUGGUACCCCACAGAUGAGUCGUGAGAUUGGGCGAGGUCAGUAUGGCGUGGUAUACUCCUGUGACUCCUGGAGUGGCUUCGCUCCCUGCGCCAUUAAGUCAGUUGUCCCCCCUGAUGACAAACACUGGAAUGACCUUGCCUUAGAGUUUUACUACACUAAGAACAUUCCACCACAUGAACGUAUUGUUGUUCUGAGGGGGUCAGUGAUCGACUACAUGUAUGGUGGGGGAACGAGUCCCGCGGUUCUUCUCAUCAUGGACCGGCUACAGCGGGACCUAUACGCUGCCAUUAAGCAGGGGCUGGACUGGGUCAGCAGGCUACAAGUGUCCAUAGAUGUUGUAGAGGGAAUCCGCUUCCUACACAGUCAAGGACUGGUACACAGGGACAUUAAACUGAAAAACGUGCUGCUUGACAAAGAUAACCGUGGUAAGAUCACAGAUUUGGGUUUCUGUAAGCCCGAGGCCAUGAUGAGUGGAAGUAUCGUAGGCACACCAAUCCACAUGGCUCCGGAACUCUUCUCUGGGCGCUAUGACAACAGUGUGGAUGUGUACGCCUUUGGGAUCCUGUUCUGGUAUGUGUGUGCAGGGCAUGUCAAGCUUCCCAGUGCGUUUGAAAAGUGUGACAACAAGGAUCAUCUGUGGACAUCGGUGAAAAAAGGUUUACGUCCAGAAAAGCACCUGACAUUCGAUGCAGAUUGCUGGAAUCUGAUGGUGGAAUGUUGGGAAGGUGAGCCCCUGAAGCGCCCUCUGUUGGGAAAUGUCGAAACUCGUCUUCAAAAGAUACAUGAACACUUCCGCAAAACACAGCCUAGAUCAGAGUCACCUUCAUUAAAGAAGGGAGAUAGUCGGUCUCGGCGAAUUUCAGGAACAAGGUCGAGGUUUCCAUCCAAUCAAUGAUAUAAAAUUCAUCAACUAUGAAAGAUCUUUCUGAUAUUAAACUCAUUCAGCCGCCAUUGGUCAACCAACCAGCCAUCCUCCAUGAACUGCUCUCUAACGUGUUUAAGAAGGUUUAGAAUAGGGACAAGUCCACUCCAGAAUACAUCUGAUCCUUUGGUAACUGAUUGAUAGCUGUACUGAUGGUAUGAAGUGUUGCUCCUGACAUAGUUUAC